AUGGAGAACAGUAGUCCGGAACCUUCGCUACUUAGAGUAUGCAACACGUGGCUGGCCAAUGGCCGACCAGCAGGAGAAGCGACUAUUUUAGUAACUGGAGGAGCAGGGUACAUCGGUAGCCAUACAUGCGUCCAGCUGCUGCAGGAGGGCUACAGAGUGGUUGUGGUCGACAACUUGGACAAUUCCUCGGAGCAAGCCGUCAAGAGAGUGGCGGAGCUCGCAGGCGAGAAUGGCAGGAACUUGCAAUUCUUCAAGGUUGACUUACUUGACAAGGAAACACUUGAAGAGCUCUUCAAUCAAAUCCAAUUCGACGCGGUGGUUCACUUCGCGGGGUUGAAGGCCGUGGGAGAGAGCGUCAAGUUCCCGCUCAAGUACUACCAGAACAACGUCACCGGCACGCUCAAUCUGCUCGAAGUCAUGAGCGACCACGGCUGCAAGAUGAUCGUGUUCUCUUCAUCAGCCACGGUGUAUGGCCAGCCGAAGCAGGUCCCCUGCACGGAGAAUGAUGAGCUGCAGACGCUGAACCCCUACGGCAGGUCCAAGCUGUACAUCGAGCGCGUGCUGGAGGACGUGUACGCGUCAGAUGCCACGUGGAGCAUCGUGCUGCUGCGCUACUUCAACCCCGUGGGCGCGCACCCCAGCGGACGCAUCGGGGAGGACCCGCGCGGCUUCCCCAACAACCUCAUGCCGUUCAUCCAGCAGGUGGCGGUGGGGCGGCGGACGCACCUCUCCGUGUUUGGGAGCGACUACCGGACCCGUGAUGGCACAGGGGUGCGGGACUACAUCCACGUCAUGGAUCUUGCUACAGGCCACGCAGCAGCACUGAGGCGAAUAUUCAUGUGCCAGGCUGGAGGCUGUGAUGUGUACAACCUGGGCACAGGCAAGGGAACCACAGUGUUGGAAAUGGUGGCUGGAUUCGAAAGGGCGUGUGGGCAGAAGCUUCCUGUGAAGCUGUGCCCCAGACGACCAGGAGACUGUUCCGAGGUCUUUGCAUCCACAGACAAGGCGCAACAAGACCUUGAUUGGAGAGCUACACGCACUGUAGAGGACAUGUGCCGGGACCAGUGGAACUGGGCGAGGCAAAACCCCAUGGGGUAUGCAGCAGACGAGGAUAGUGAGGAGGGGGAGGAGAGUGGAGCAGGAAGGGAUGUGGUAAACGGGAUUGGUUCUCUGGGGGUAUUCAAGAGCAGAGUCUCGCUUAUCGUCGUCCCUUUCGUUCGCGCCGACGAUGACGGAUUUGAUAACACCGUGGAAUCCGAUAAGAUCGUCUAUGAUGCCUCGGAUAAUAUCUUGGGAUCUACGGAGGUGAAUCAUCUCCUCUCCAAGCUUCCCGCCAGCCACCCGCUGCUCGGCGCGCUGCGCAACCCGGCGGAACACUUCGCGCGUUUCAUCCACCGUUUCAACAAGUCGUACGCGGCGGAUCUCCGCCACUACCGCGCGCGCCUGCGGAUCUUCCGCGCGAACCUCCUCCGCGCGGCGCAGAUCCAGCUGCAGGACCCUUCCGCGGAACACGGCGUGACUCCCUUCUCAGAUCUAACCCCGGAAGAAUUCGCCAAGACGCAUCUCGGCCUGCUGCCCGUGGAUUCCGCGCGAUCGGCGCGCAGCGCGCUUCUGGAGAGCCUGAAAGCGGAGGGACGGCUGGAGCGGUCCGAGCUGCCGACUGGAGAUCUGCCGGAGCAAUUCGAUUGGCGCGAGAAGGGCGCGGUGACGGGCGUUAAGAACCAGGGCAUGUGCGGGUCGUGCUACGCGUUCAGCGCCGUGGGCGCGUUGGAGGGCGCGCACUAUCUGGCGACGGGUGAUUUGAUCAGCCUGAGCGAGCAGCAGGUCGUCGACUGUGACCAUAACUGCGACCCCAAGCAGAAGGAGGCGUGCGACUCUGGGUGCGGCGGCGGGCUGAUGAACAACGUGUUUCGCUACAUCCAGAAGGCCGGGGGGCUGCAGACAGAGCAGGAGUACGGCUACACGGGCAGGGAGGGGCGCUGCCAGUUUGACGCGGGGCGCGUGGCGGCAAGAGUAGAGUCGUUUGUUGAGGUGCCUCAGAAGGACGAUCAGAUGCAGGCGCACCUCGUCAAAUACGGGCCUCUCGCAGUUGCUCUGAAUGCCAACUGGAUGCAGUCAUAUGUGAAGGGCGUCUCCUGCCCUCUGCUGUGUAACCGCCACGCGCUGAACCACGGGGUGCUCAUGGUGGGGUACGGGUCUCACAGGUUCUCCCCUGCCCGCCUGCGCUACAAGGACUACUGGGUGAUCAAGAACAGCUGGGGCAAGGCGUGGGGCGAGCAGGGUUACUAUAAGCUGUGCCGUGGAAAGGAUGAGUGCGGGAUCGACUCUUGGGUCUCGGCUGUUAUCGCUGUCAAGCCUGAGGCAGGGGUAGCGACAGAGUAA